GCACAACCUACCUGCCAUUUCCUUAAUCUUGGAAAUGGCUAACAAAAAUGAACCUGUCCAUGUUAAAAUGUGACGUCUGAGGAGAAAAACCAUCAGUUUUGAGAUAUUCUAAAUAACCAGAAGAGCCAAAUCUCAGGAAGCAGGAAAACAUGGGGUCUGCUACACACACAGUGUGUCUGCUCCUGUGUUUUUGGGUCUCGGGAUCAUGCUACACACUCCAGACCGUGGGCCCAUGUACGGUCAACAGAGAGACGACAGCAUUUGACUGCAGUGGGAAAAGACUUACAUCGGUACCAAAGCACAUCUGGAUGAAUGUAAGCGAACUGGACCUGUCUGACAAUCUCUUAGAUUUAACCCACAGUAACAGCUUCAAUCGCCUUAACCUCUUCAGCCACUUAGUGUCACUGAAUCUAUCAGGAAACUACCUCCCCCUACUGUUAAAAGACCAUCUCUACAGUCUUUCUUCUCUUAAAGUUCUUGACCUGAGUAGGUGUAAACUGGCCGCAGUGGAGGCAAACGCUCUGGUCAAGCUUUCCAGUUUACAGAUGCUCCUCCUGGGGAACAUUCAGUCGACUGCAGUCAAAGACCUGAGAUUGAGUCAGUUUGUGGAACUCAGAGGACAACAGAAUAACAGACAGAAAGUGGGAGACAGAGGAAUGAUGACCAGAGCAUCAAAGCGCAUGGCACAGGAUGACCACAGUGAUGGAUAUUCUAAGGAUGUCAACUAUGGAGCCUUCCUUCGUAAACUACUCGCAUCGGAACCAACACCUACAACAAUUAAUGGCACAACAGGCGAAGAUCCCAAAACGUCUUCAGAAAGCUGGAAGGUACUUGUGGCUGUUCUGGGGUCAGCUAUCACCCUCUCUGUCCUUAUCGCUUUGAUGGCCAAAUGCAAAGUCGUGCACAAGUAUCUGGCGAGCUACAGACACUCCAGGCUCAGCGAAGUAGACACCACGAGUCAGUGUGACCCUGGAAAUUUUGAGGUGGGAUUCUCGACCCAGGGUGGCCCUGGGACUCGCGCAGCUGCACCUACUCAUGACAUUGAGGAUGACGAUGGGUUUAUUGAAGAUAACUAUAUUCAAGCAAGUGAGAGUGUGAGAGCCGCAAGAGCAGCAGCACUGACUGAUGAUGAGGAUGAGGAGGAAGAGAUUGAAUUUAGUAUUGGCUAGCACUAUUAAGUCUAAUGUUGUUAAAUCUUAUUUAUAAUAACUUGAAUUAAGUAGGCAGUAACAAACAUUCAAUACUCCAUAAUCACUAAACUAUUCAUUGAAUAAAUCAUAAUAAAAUGUACAGUGGCCCUAUUAAGUAUUUGAACACUUAAGCUUAAGCAUAAUACACACACACACACACACACACACACACAAACUCACUCACACUCACUUGGUGUAAUAUUUCCAAUGAAAUUCAUAUAUUUUGACAUAGAUGUCCAAAUAAUUUCUAAUUUCUUUUUUUUUAACAUUAGAAAAUUUGUGAAUCAAAGUUGAAUAACAAUUGAAUGUACAGUAGGCCUUGCAAAAUAAUAAUCUGUUAAUCGUUUUAUACAAUGUUAAUAUUGUUAAUAAAAGUUAUAUAUUUUGUCAAAUGGUAAAAUUAAUAAUCAACAACAUUUAAAGAUUUGUCUUUCUAGAAUUUGCAUUUACAUUUAUUUGCGUUCUGGACCAUAUACAUGUUGUCUUUUGUAUGUUUGUAUGUUUCAGUUCAUUUCUAAAUAAAAUAAAAAUUUUUUUUUUUUUUUUUUUUGUUCUUUUUUAUUUUUGAGAAAACGCUAUUUUUUCAUUGGCCACUGGGCGCCGCCUUUGUGCACUGUAGUCUAGAAAUACAUAUUACAAUUUUACUACUGAUAUUAUUAUAUAUUUUUGACAUGGUUUAUAAAUGUUAUAUAAUAUAACACAAAUUAAACAUUAUAUUCACGUCAUCCUGAA